UUUGUUAUUUCAGCUGCUGAGCACAAAUGCUUGAAGAGAGGAGUGAAGGAGGUGGUUAAAGGUAUCAGAAGGGGGGACAAGGGAUUUUGUGUUAUAGCGGGGAAUAUCACUCCUAUUGACGUCAUUACUCAUGUUCCAAUAUUAUGCGAAGAGGCUGACAUUCCCUAUGUGUAUGUUCCCUCAAAAGAAGAUCUUGCAAAUGCAGGCUCCACUAAGAGGCCAACAUGUUGUGUUCUUGUGCUAACCAAGCCCACCAAGGGAGAACUUGGCCAGGAGGAACAAGAAAAAUUAAAGGCAGAGUACACCCAGGUUGUAUCUGAUGUAUCUGGGCUGACUUCCACCCUUUUCUGAAGUGCAAAACAACUGCUGCGCAUAUUAUUAAUGUACUAAAUUUUGGUUGAUAUAACAUUUAGUUGUUCAUGCAUCGUUUGAAGUGGGAAAUAGACAAAAGCAUUGCUUUAUAUAUGUUAGAAAUGUGUUGUUGACUGGGAAA